ACCUAUCGAAUCUAAGAUCUAACCUCUAAUGAAACACCGACGUUCAAGGAUUUCUUACCUGAAUUCUAUCAAUCUUAAGAUACAAUAUGCAAUUAUGAUCAUCCUGAUUUGUAAUUACAAUGAAAACAACCCAGGUACAACCUCAAAUCCUUGCUUCUGAAGAAGAGAUAAAUAAAGUCUCGAAAGCUUAAGCUGAAGGAAAAAGAGUUUUACUUACCAUUGUCGCUUUCCCAAUAAAUACCAAGACUCUACUUACAUAACCGACAAAUAUUUCCCUCUAUAUCUAACUACAGAAUGGGUUUCUUUGAAGACAUGAGGAAUAUCCACGGCCAACAGCUAGUAGUGAACCUAAAGGAAUAUAACAACAACCUACACAAAAUUUCUAAUUUGAAAAACAGGAGGAUCUUUCUUUUACGCUGCAGAGAACAGAUGAUCACCCCCACACACCUACAAGGUUGCAUCAAAAGACUGGACUCUAUGAUAGAAUUCAAGGAUGCCCGAACCGGACAACAGGUCAAAGAAUUCAACAGCAAGUUAGGACGUAAAAUACUCACAUUUCAGAUCGAUAUUACUAUAAAAAACUUGAGAUUCUUGGAUAGUAGACAAUCUGUGCUGGAUAAUUCAAUUUCAGACAUUUUAUCUGAGCACACUUGGAACGAAUUCAAGAGAAAAACCACUAGUAAAGUUAAUAGAGCUUUCCAUCGCAAUAAGGAAGCCAACAGGAGAAAAUUUGAAAGCCUAGAAAGUACACAGAGAAAGACCAUUGUGACACAAGAUAAAUGGUUGAAGAAUCUCACCGGACUCCAACUACCCAGUGAAGUAAAAACCUUUUUGUCUUUGGGUCCGAAGUUCUCACUUGUACCACAAAUCAGGGACAUACCAAUUAUCGAACUUCUAGCAACAGUAGAAACCUACAACACCAGCAGGAACAAUAACGAGUGCAACAUCAUAAGAGCCAAAGUAACCAACGUUAUCACAAACCACCUACAACAAUCGAAAUCCACAGGAUUACCCUACAUUACUCGAUUGGAAAAUUCAACAAAACGCUUUCUUAGAGAACACCCAGACAUCAUAGUCACUCAAUCAGACAAGGGUGGAGUUACCGUACUGAUGGAGAAAGAAAAAUACAUAAACCUAGCAAACCAACAACUCGGAGACCAAGAGUACUACCAGCAAAUUUCUAAAGAUCCUACGAGUACAAUCGAACAAAAAUUAAACAAGAAAGUCAGCGAGUUGAAACAAAAGAACUACAUCACCCCUGAAGAAGCAAAAGAGUUGAUGACCUACGACGGCUUAUGCCCCAAAUAUUAUGGCUUAGUCAAAAUUCACAAACCUGAGCUAUCCCUGAGACCAAUUAUUUCAUCGAUUGGCAGCCCAACAACCAGGAUAUCACAAUUCCUGAAAGAUAUUCUCUAUAGAGCAUACAAUUUCAACAAUACAUACUACAUUAAGGACUCAUUCGACUUCACACAGUCUAUUAACAAUUUCAAAGUACCACCAGGUUAUAGGAUUGUAAGCCUAGACGUCGUAUCACUUUUCACCAAUAUUACGAUCGAAACAACAAAAAAGGCCAUCGAAUAUAACUGGCAAAGAAUAGAACAACAGUGUCAAAUUCCAAAGAAAGAAUUUAUGGAGCUGAUCGAGUUAGUGUUUAGUUCAAUAUAUUUUGCAUUUGAUGGAAAAUUCUACAGGCAGUGCAUAGGUACACCAAUGGGCUCAAAAUUAUCACAAAUAAUAGCUGACUAUGUCAUAGAUGAACUUCUAGAUGAGUGUAUACCCCAGUUGACGUUCAUAAUACCUUUUUGCAAAAAAUACGUCGACGACCUCAUCCUCAUGAUACCCGAAGGAAAACAAGAUGAGAUCCUCAACGUUUUCAACAGUUUCCAUCCAAAGAUUCAAUUUACCAUUGAAGAAGAAUCCAAUAACUGUGUUCCAUUCUUGGACACAAAAGUGAUCAGAGAAGAUGAAACAAUUAAAACCGAUUGGCACAGAAAGACAACAGCUUCAGGCAGAUAUAUACAUUACACCUCAUACCACCCGAUGAAAAUGAAGAUUAACCUUAUCCUAAACCUGAAGACCAGGAUCACAACGAUCUCACACCCGACAUACCUUGACAAAAACCUGAAGACCUUGGCAGAGUUGAUGGAACAGAAUGGUUACCCCAGAUCCUUGGUAAGAAGAUUAGUCUUCAACACCCCCAACCAUCACAUGCAUGAACAACAAAUGGAAAAUACAAAUAACGAGCGACCACCAAGAGAACCACCAAGAGAAGAAAAUCAAAACAGAAAAAAGAUAAUAAUACUACCCCAUAUAGAAGGAUUAACACACAAGAUAACAAAACUAUUGAGCGACGACAAUACCUUCAUAGCAAAAUACAAUGUAAAAACAUCUAAAUACCUGUACAGUAAACUCAAAGAUACAACACCCAAAGAGAGAAGACCCAACGUUGUCUACAAGAUACCGUGCAACAAUUGCAGCGGAGUAUACAUCGGAGAAACGAAGAGAACGAUGAAUAAAAGGAUCACAUCACACAAGAGUGAUUCUAGAAGGAACAUCCAAGCCUGCGCACUAGCUCAACACGAAAACACGACUGGACACCACAUGAAAUUUUCUGACUUAGAGAUCCUAGAUACAGAAACUAACAGUUGGAAGAGAAAAUUUAUAGAGAUGAUCAGGAUAACCCAAGAACCUAACGCAAUCAACCACAAAAAAGACAUUGAUAACCUCAGCGCAAUUUAUGCGAACCUAGUCGAGAUAGACAAAAUGUCCAGAAACAGAAACCCCAUACAGAUGGAUACAGAUACGGAUAGAAGAACCUAGUAGUUUCCCCACGGCCUUUUAAUAUACCUGUUGUCACCUAAUAAUAAAGAAUAAAAAAUUAAAAUAAAAUCAAAAAAAUGCUCUGAACUAAUUCUAACAAAAAGAGAACAAAAAAUCCACUCAGAUUGUUAUUUGUCAUUGUUUAAUGUAAGACAUUCCUAACAACUACCUAACACAAAGAAGAAGAGUCGACUUGUCAUCAAGUCACCAAUGAUUUCCCUGUGCGUCUGUGGUCUCAUGUCACUCAUAACCUAUCGAAUCUAAGAUCUAACCUCUAAUGAAACACCGACGUUCAAGGAUUUCUUACCUGAAUUCUAUCAAUCUUAAGAUACAAUAUGCAAUUAUGAUCAUCCUGAUUUGUAAUUACAAUGAAAACAACCCAGGUACAACCUCAAAUCCUGUAAGUAAUUAUAUUUUUCAAAUACUAUGCCUACAAAUACUAACUCCUCUAUGUUUUAUAGUGCUUCUGAAGAAGAGAUAAAUAAAGUCUCGAAAGCUUAAGCUGAAGGAAAAAGAGUUUUACUUACCAUUGUCGCUUUCCCAAUAAAUACCAAGACUCUACUUACAUAACCGACAAAUAUUUC